AUGUCCGCAUUCAGCUAUGCCGAAUUUGGUGCGAGAUAUCCUCGAGCUGGCAGCGCUUACACCUACACCUAUGUCGGUGUGGGCGAAUUGUGCGCAUUUGGAAUUGGUUGGACUGUCAUACUCGAGUACAUGAUUGGAAAUGCAGCUGUCGCAAGAUCUUGGUCUGGCUACCUCGAUGUGCUGGUGAAUCGUGCCAUCAGCAACUUCACGCUAAGCACAAUAGGAACACUUAGUUCGGGAGAAGGCUUCUUCGGCCGCUAUCCUGAUGUGAUGUCAUUUUUGGUCAUAUGGGCUACCGCUCUCAUAGUGGCUCUAGGUACGAAGUCGUCUGCUGGUGUCAAUACUGCCUUUGUCAUUCUUAACCUACUGGUGACUGCAUUUAUAACCAUUUACGGUUUGACAUUUGCUAAUUUCUCACUUUGGAUAGGAACCGAUGAAAAUGGAAAAUCAAGAUUCUUCCCAUUCGGGCUUGGUGGAACACUUUCCGGUGCCGCUACCUGUUUCUUUGCUUUCGUUGGCUUUGAAGCUCUCGCUACGGCUGGUGAAGAAGCAAAGAAUCCCAGACGGACAAUUCCACUGGCAACCUUCGGAUGUCUAGGUUUGGUUACAUUUGUCUACGUCGUCAUGUCUGGAUCCCUCACACUCAUGCUUCCCUAUAAAGAAAUCAAUCCCGAUGCUGCGUUUGCCGACGCCUUCGACGCGAAAGGUGCCACCGUGGCCAAGUACAUCAUCACAGCCGGAGCGCUUGCUGGAAUGUUCAAUAAUCUGUUGAGUGGCAUCUUUGCUCUCCCACGAUGUGUGUACGCAAUGGCUGACGAUGGACUUCUGUUCUCGUUUCUUGCCUCAAUUAACCGAUUUACCAAGAUUCCACUCAAUGCAUUAAUCGUCUUUACUCUCGUGAAUGCAGUCAUUGCUUUGGUGUUUGAUUUGGAGACACUUGUCGAUUUCCUUUCUAUUGGCACACUUUCGGCCUACUCAAUGGUUACAGCCUGCGUAUUAAUCCUUCGAUAUCAAGCUGCUCCGAUUGACGACUCGGACAGGCUCGACACUGGUGAGACCGUUUUCACUUGGUAUCAGAAAUCUAGGCUCUUAGCCGGAAUUCAUGGUAGGACACAUAGAAGUCUUUCCAUUACGGUUUUGGCGGGGCCUAGAAUCAAGGCAUGGGUGCCAUUCCGGAAUUUCUGGGAAAGCCUCCCUGAUGGCAGAUCGAUUGUCAUAGCUGUCAUCACUUUGAUAUUUGGCUACUUCUGGCUCGCAUUCACGGUUCGAACAGAGAUCUGGGAAGUUUUC